AUGAAGAAACCACGUUUUUUGUCACCUCAGCUGGGUGAAUCUCGUGCCGAGGUGGAGAUUCCCGCGCACGCAGCGGUUCCAGUUGCUCGACACUGCAGCCAGUCCAGCCAGUCCAGCCAGUCCCAGGGCCUCAGACAGCUUGGACACAGCGGUUUGGGUGUAGCUGCUACCUUUGCAGUAGCAAGGCGCCUCCAGAGUCGACGCCCUUCAGGUGCUUCAUCUUCAUCCCGAUCGGUGCGAACUGUUACCAGGGUAUUUGACCGAUUUCGAGAAGAUGCCAUCAAUGUGAUCUAUGCUGCUCAAGAGGAAGCAGUGAGACGAAGCUUUGGAACAGUGUGUACCGAGCUGAUCGUCUAUGGCAUUUUGUCACAGGAGAAGGGCGGAAGUCGCACUGCCAAGACAGCGCUGGUCCGCAAAGGAGCCACCAAAGAGGCCGUGAAGCGAGCCAUCACCAACAGCCCAAGUCGCUAUGUGGUGGACGCACCAGGUGGUUUCGUUGGCAUCGGUUUUCCCGAGGACCUGGCUGUGGCGGUGGAGCAACGCUUCCAACGGACCGGAGAACCGCGCAAUCUCACCUUGAUGUACGCAGCUGGUCAAGGGGAUGGUCGAGACAAGGGUGCGAACCACUUCAGCCACGAAGGACUGGUGAAGCGCGUGGUUGGUGGCCACUGGGGUCUCGUGCCCAAGUUUGGCGAGAUGGCGAUGCAGAACCAGGUCGAGGCCUACAACCUUCCGCAAGGGGUGAUCUCUCACAUGUUCCGAGACAUUGCAGCGAAAAGACCUCGCACCAUCAGCAAAGUAGGUUUGCAAACCUUUGUGGAUCCGCUGAACGGUGGUGGCCGCAUGAACUCCCGCACCACGGAAGAGAUUGUGGAACGCAUCCAGUUUGAUGGUGAAACAUACUUGGCCUACAAGACCUGGCCUCUGCAUGUGGCAUUGCUACGUGGCACUACUGCAGAUUUGGAUGGGAACAUCACCAUGGAGAAGGAAGCCUUGUUCCUGGAAUCCCUGGCCAUCGCCCUGGCUGCACACAACUCCCAGGGCCUGGUCUUGGUGCAAGUGGAACGCUUGGCCGCCACGGGCUCGUUGCAUCCCCGGCAGGUGAAGAUUCCAGGCAUCUUGGUGGACUGUGUGGUGGUGUCCCGACCGGAUCCCUGUCCCCAGUGUUUUUUUGCAGAGAACCAUUGGCAAACCUUUGCCCAAGUCUACAAUCCAGGCUAUGCCCAUGAGAUCGUGGUGCCAACUGCAACGCUGCAACCCAUGGUGAUGGAUGAGAGAAAGAUCAUCGCUCGGCGUGCCGCCAUGGAACUGACGCCAAAGUGCGUCGUGAAUCUUGGUGUUGGAGUGCCGGAGGGGGUCGCUCACAUCGCCAAUGAGGAGGGCCUAUUGGAAUCGCUGACGCUCACAGCUGAACCAGGCGUGAUUGGUGGCAUACCGGCCAGUCAACCAAACUUUGGUGCCGCCAUCAACGUUGCUGCUCUUAUCGACCAGCCUUCACAAUUCGAUUUCUACGAUGGUGGAGGGUUGGACCUGGCCUUCCUGGCUUUUGCGCAAACAGACCAGGAGGGGAACGUCAACGUGAGCAAGUUUGGGCGCAAAGUUGCCGGAGCCGGUGGUUUCAUUAACAUCAGCCAAAACGCUCAGAAGGUGGUGUUUAUGGGCACCUUCACAAACGGACUGAAGAUUGGUGUUCCCGGCGGUCGACUUCAAAUCUGUCGCGAGGGUGACUGCCGGAAGUUCCUGAGUCAUGUGGAACAUAUGACCUUCAGUGGUGACUAUGCCAAAAUCAGAAAACAGGAGGUGCUCUACAUCACAGAGCGAUGUGUGUUUACUUUGACCCAGCAUGGUUUAGAGCUGACAGAGAUUGCACCUGGCAUAGAUGUGGAGCGCGACAUUCUGGCGCAGAUGGAUUUCAGACCGUUGAUCAGUGAGAAACUGCGACUGAUGGAUGCGGACAGUGUUGGCAACACCGAAAUCGGUUGCGAGCAAUUGCUGCUGGCCCUCUGCCAACCUCCCUUGGCACAAAGUGGUGGGAUGGUGAUGCUCAGAGGUUUAGGGCUGACGGAGGAGGCAUUGAAAGCUUCCGUCUUAGCAGAGAUGUCCGCUCCAGUGGAUGAGCGGCAACUGGCCGCCGUUGGGGCAGAUGACAAGGGAGACUCUGAUCUCACCUUGGAUCAAGUGGCCACUGAUCUCACGCAGAUGGCGAUGGAUGGUUUGUUGGAUCCCGUGGUGGGCCGGGAAGAGGAGAUGGAGCGCAUCAUUCAGAUCCUGCUUCGGAAGCGCAAGAACAACGCCUGCCUCGUUGGCCCUCCGGGUGUGGGGAAAACGGCUGUGGUGGAGGGCCUUGCACAGCGGAUCGCGCAGGGACAGGUGCCCUCAAAGUUGCGUGGGAAGCAGCUGUACUCCUUGGACCUGGGACAACUGGUGGCUGGUACCAAGUACCGCGGCGAAUUUGAGGAUCGUCUCAAGAAGGUCAUCAGUGAGGUGACGAGCGACGAGCGAGACAUUUGCAUCUUCAUUGAUGAGAUUCAUCAAAUCAUUGGUGCAGGGGCGGCAGGCAAAGCCGUGACCGUGGCAACACAGCGUGCUGACUCCUCCAUGGAUGCUGCCAAUCUGUUGAAACCCUCCUUAGCGCGGGGGGAGUUGCAAGUGAUUGGUGCUACCACUGCUGAUGAGUACACCAAACACAUUGAGAAGGACGCUGCCUUAGAGCGCCGCUUUCAACGGGUGAACUGCGAGGAAGCUUCCAUCGCAGAGACCUUGGAGGUCCUCGAUGGCUUGCGACCCUCCUAUGAGGCUCAUCAUGGGGUGCUGCUGUCCCCGGAAGCGCUCCAAGCAGCUGCGCAACUCUCACAGCGCUACUUACCAAAUCGCUUCCUGCCUGACAAGGCCGUUGACCUCAUUGACGAGGCAAGUAGCUUGGCUCAGUGGAGAAUGGAGAUUCAGCUGGAUCAGGCCAACGAAGAAGUGACUCCCGGAGAACAGCCCAAACCACUGGUGAGCGCUGCAGAUGUGGCCGCUGUCCUGUCAAAAUGGUCAGGAAUUCCAGUGGAUCGAAUUUUUGAAGGCGAAUCCGAUCGCUUGAUGAACCUGGAGGGGAUCUUGUCCAAGAGGAUCGUCGGCCAAGACGAAGCGGUGAGUGCCUUAGCGCGCGCCGUGCGGCGAGCUCGAAGUGGACUGGCAGGCCAAAACCGACCUACAGCCACCUUCUUCUUCGCGGGUCCUUCAGGUGUGGGGAAGACCCAGCUCUGUCGAGUGCUGGCAGAGGAAUACUAUGUGGACAGCAAGGCCAUGAUCCGCCUGGACAUGAGCGAAUUUUCUGAGCCGCACAGCGUGUCACGUUUGAUUGGCGCGCCUCCUGGGUAUGUGGGCUACAACGACCCUCGAAGUGGCCAGCUCACUGAAGCUGUGAGGCGAAAACCGUACAGCGUGGUGGUGCUGGACGAAAUUGAAAAGGCUCAUGCCGAGGUCUUGAACUUGUUGUUGCAGGUCUUGGAGGAUGGGCGCUUGACCGACGGCAAGGGAAGAACGGUGAGCUUCAACAACUCCAUUAUCGUAAUGACCUCCAAUGUGGGAAGCAAAGAAAUUCUGCAACAGGCAGCCGCCAAGCCCCAGGAAGCUGUGUAUGCAGCUCCCAGGGCCGAACAAGCCGAACAAGCCGAACAAGCCCAGCCUGCAGUUGAGAGCACAGAGGCUGCAGUUGAGGCAGUUGAGGCAGUUGAGACCAAGGAAGCAACGGAGGUGACAGCUGAGCAGCCUGUACUCACAGAAGCCAAGGAGGAUGAGGAGAAAGUCGACGUUGAAGAAGCGGAGAAAGCCAUUGGCGAACUGAAAGAAGCAGAGCUGAAGACGUCGCAUGUCGAAGUAAAGCCUGAGAAGGCUGAGGAUACUGAGACAGUCACCACUGCUCCCAAGGAAGACUCACCAAGGCUCCUUGAUGUCAAAGUUGAAGCAGCUGAGACCCAGACCGGUCCAUGUGUUUGCGGCAGCUUGUGGUGA